AUGGAGACCGAACAGAUACACUUCCAAAUGGAAGAAUCAGAACCAGUGGAGGAAUUAAUCAUGAAGGAAGGGAAUGAUAACAACCUAACAAAUCAGGCUAAGAGCAAAACUCAGGGAAAGCUGAAAACUUGGAAGAGAAGAACACUCCCCAAAUCUAUUCUGAGAGGACAUAGGCACCUGCGUGUGUUCCUCAGAUUUGACUUCGGUCGGAUUCCGAGCAAUGAAGAAUUAAAAAAUAAGGAAAGGGAAGAAAUGAAGGCAGCAGCCAGUUUUCUUUACAGCCGAAACAUCGUCUUUAGAGCCGACAUUGAUGGUCUGACCCUUAGGCAAAGCCGCUGGAUCAUUCCCACCCUCGAGAGCUUUCUUUCUCACAACUUGAUCACUUCUGUGAAUGCAUUCUCGACAUUCAUUGAUUCGAGGGCAGAAGUCUCCAUGAAAAACGUCCUCUCUUUUUCGGCAAAAGCUGUAGCAUCCUCUGUAGACGGCCCGCAAGUGACGCAAAUCGGCCUUGUUGCCCACGAGCAUGAUCACGAUGUUCGAAUCUGUGUGAUCCCUCAGCUCUUUUAA